AUGACAUUGAAGGUUGGAAUCAUCGGCGCCGGCAUCGGGGGGCUCAGUGCUGUCAUCGCCCUUCGACGGACUGGCGCUCAAGUUGAGGUUUUUGAGAGGUCCAACUUCAAGGAUGAGAUAGGCGCUGCCAUCACCAUCACCCCAAAUGGAAUGCGUGUCCUUCAGCACUUCGGCUUCGAUCCCAAGACAGCGCGCGGUGUGCAGAAUAAGCAGAUGCGUAUGGUACAUCCGCAGACUCUUGAGGAUCUGGUCGUCGAGAACUUCAGUCAGGUUGAAGAUGACUACGGGGCACCAUUCAUGUUCUUCCAUCGUGUGGAUCUUCAUACUGCGCUGAAAGAAAUGGCCGUGUCGAGUGAUGAUCGAUAUCUAGGUCCGCCGGUGGUGAUUCAUAAUGGACAUUCUGUCACAAGUCUUGACUGCGAGAAGGCCACGAUUGUGCUGGACAAUGGGGAGACUUUUGUGAAAGAUCUCGUUGUUGUCGCGGACGGCAUUCGAACCAAACUAAUCGACCAAAUCACCCAAAAGGACGUCCCUCUGGAAGAUAUCGGCUCCUCAUUCUACCGCUGUCUAAUCCCCUUCUCCGAAGUAAAGAAAAACUCCGACCUCGAAGCCAUCUUCAAAGACCAAGACCCAGGUUUCUGGGUCCCCUUUGACCUAUCUACAGGAACAUUCCUCGUCACGUAUCCCUGCCGCGAUGGAAAGAUGCUCAACGUUGCUUUUCGUCAUAAGACCAAAGCGGAGAACGAGCACGCAGUCGAUUGGAACACUGACACAAACGUUCAAGACAUCACUGCUAUGGUUGGGGGUUUUAAUCCACUGGUGGCCAAGUUGUUCAGUUUGUCGACGAGCGUUUCUGUUCAUAAGCUGUUUCGAAGGGAACCUCUUGAGAGGUACACUCGGGGGAGAGCGGUGAUAAUUGGCGAUGCUGCACACCCGAUCCAGCCAACUCACGCCCAAGGCGCAGUUCUUGCGAUCGAGGAAGCAGCAGCACUAGAAGCCUUAUUCAAGGACGUACAGAGACCAGAGAGGGUUGCAGAGCGUCUGGGGUUGUACAAUGACAUUUUGAAGCUUCGCAUUCAUGUUACUCAACUGCUGUCUGAUGCACAACCUGGGAUAUCCAGUGUGCUGAGGCAACGAGCCGAAGAUAUCUGGGGAGAAGCGAUCUUCCCUCCUGAAGCGAUGAACUUUACGAAGCCGAUUCGGGACUUCUUUUAUGCUUGGGAUGUCAUGGAAGAGGCGGAGAAGAUUUUGUCUCGUGCAACAUAG